CCUCUACAGCUACGUAUAGUUGACCUUCUUCCCAAGACUAUCACUAUCUCGCUAUGCUUCGCACAGGACUUGCCCGAUCUGCCGCUCUCGUAGCCCCUCAGCGAGCCUCGACCCUCGCUGCAGGAUCCAGGCUCAAGCACACCCUGCCCAAGCUCCCGUACGAGUACAAUGCCCUGGAGCCCCACAUCUCUGCUCAGAUCAUGGAGCUGCACCACUCCAAGCACCACAACACCUACGUCACUAACCUCAACAAUGCCGAGGAGACCCUCAACAACGCUCUCGCCAAGAACGAUGUUAAGGGUACCAUUGCAUCGCAAUCUGCCAUCAAGUUCAACGGAGGUGGCCACGUCAACCACUCUCUUUUCUGGCUGAACCUUGCCCCUCCCAAGGACGGCGGAGGUGAGCUGCCAAAUGGUCAGCUCAAGGCUGCAAUUGAGAAGCAGUACGGCGAUCUGGAGGCUCUCAAGAAGAAAAUGAACGCUCAGGCUCUUGCCAUUCAAGGUAGCGGUUGGGCGUGGCUCGGCUACGACCCUUCGACGUCCACUCUGGACAUCAUCACCACCAAGGACCAGGACCCUCUGCUGUCCCACGUACCCCUCAUUGGUAUCGACAUGUGGGAGCACGGCUUCUACCUUCAGCACCUGAACAACAAGGCUGCUUACCUCGAGGAGAUUUGGAAGGUCAUCAACUGGAACACUGCAGAGGAGAGGCUGAAGCAGGCCAAGUGAAGUGAGGUGGACGGACAUUGGGUAUACAAGGGGAACAGACAUUAGGAAGUGUAAAAGGGUGAAUUAGUACCUAAUGAGACCAAACGACAG